UGCGGGUCGGGGCGGGCGGGCCUAGCCGAGCGGAGCGGAGAGGAGCGGGGACGGGCCAUGGCCUCAGAGGAGCUGGCGCAGAAGCUGCAGCGGCGGCUGCAGCUGGAGGAAAGCGGGGUGGGGGCCGAGCCGGAGGCGGUGGAGGUCGAGCCCGGUCCCGAGGAGGAGCGGAGCUGCCUGACGGCCAGCGCGGGCGCGGAGCUGAGUGCCAAACUGUGCCGGCGGCAGGACAUCAACGAGGGGGCGGCCCAGCCCCGCCGUGCCGCCGUCUUCAACCCAUAUACCGAGUUCAAGGAGUUCAGCCGCCGGCAGGUCAAGGACAUGGAGCGCAUGUUCCGCCUGUAUGACUCGGGACGGGAUGGAUACAUUGACCUGAUGGAGCUCAAGCUGAUGAUGGAAAAGCUGGGAGCCCCGCAGACUCACCUGGGGCUGAAAAACAUGAUCAAGGAGGUGGAUGAAGACUUUGAUGGGAAGCUCAGCUUUCGUGAGUUCCUGCUGAUUUUCCAUAAGGCAGCAGCUGGGGAACUUGAGGAGGACAGUGGCCUGUUGACCCUUGCAAAGCUCUCAGAGAUAGAUGUCUCCAUUGAGGGAGUCAAAGGAGCCAAGAACUUCUUUGAAGCUAAGGCUCAAGCCCUCUCUUCAGCCAGUAAGUUUGAAGCUGAGAUAAAAGCUGAGCAGGAUGAGCGAAAACGGGAAGAGGAGGAAAGGAAACACCGCCGAGCAGCUUUCAGGGAGUUAAAAUCUGCAUUUACCCAGUAACCAACCAUCCAGUAUGCGCUCUGAGAUUGCACAUGACUUGGUACGUUUCCCAGACCGGGGCUCUACCUGGGGAGAACUGCCUGGAUCCUGCCUGAAACUCAUUACAGCUUCACUAGCCUUCCUGUCCUGAAGAUCCUCACAAGUUUCUAAGGGCACAACUCUUGCAGUUACGAUGCAUUCAGAGCUGUUUAUGUGCUGUUUGCUCUAAACUGUCUGGAGCACAUCACCCUGAAGCAGCAACAGCAGGUAGCACUGACAAGUGUUGUGUUCGCCUGCUUCACUCUUUCCCUCUUUUCUAUACAUCCUUUUUCUCUUCAUUCCUUAUUAAUUCAUUCCUUGCUUACAGGCAAGUAGCAGGGUCUUGUGUAAAUCAAGCUGUACAAGGUACAGCUUGAUGCCCUAUAUGUUUGUACUGCUGUUGGAUGUUGUCACGCAUCCUUGACUACCCCUUCUUCCUCAAAGCCCUGUGCCACAGGCAAUGUGAAAACACUGUGAAGAAAGAAAGAUAGUUAGUAGGGACAUGGAUCAAUUAAUUAUUUUCUUGUAGCUUUUUUCUGUUGCCCAGUGUGUUGGAGAGCCUUCCAGUUCUUCUCUGAAGUGCCAUAGUAACAAAACCUUUCCUUAAGAGGUGAGAUUUCCUGAGACUUCGUAGGGAGGAAGCUGGCUCUCUCUUAAAUGAGGAAUAGAAAACUAAGUUGCCUGACCAUGCAUCUUCCACAUUCCAUCAUAUUUAGUGUACUGUAUGGCAUCACUGUGUUUUCCAGCCUUAGGCAGCUGUAUCUAGUUUUCAAGGGAUAUUGCCAGCUGGACAGUGCAAUCGAAUGGCACACUGUGAAUUUCUGUUUGGAAAUUUGCUCAUAUACCCUGAAUCAUGAAGGUGACACUGUUUGGUGUCCUUAGAGCCAAAAACAGAAAACACCAGCCCAGCAUAAUGAGCACUCUGCUCAAGAAGGGGGAAGCAGUGAGGUGAACAGACUUAGCUGGCCCGAAUUUGGAGGGCUUGCACUAUAUUGUUUGCCAUUCUCUUUUGCAGACACAGGAAACUUGCCCACAAAUGUUCAAAUGCCCACUGCCUGUCUGGAUAUAUACACUGUAAGGUCGUGGCAAGGGAGCUGUGUUCCCUUGGAGACCUCUCUUGAAACAAGGAUUUGCUCAGAUUCUCUCCCUGCUAUUGCCCCAUUUUGUACAUUUUUUUUUCCCCCCCAACUAAACUCACUGGUCAUCCUUUCACUUUUCUGUUUUGCUUCUUAAACUGUGAGCACUAAACUGUGAGUGUGGAAUAAUUAGUAGAAAAAACUCUCUACUCUUUAAUGUCAGGUGAAAGAAUUGCUAAACAAUUAAACUGUGUGUAUAUAUCUUCACAGAUUAUAUUUUAUAAAUCACGCUUUUUUAGCUAAAUAUUUAUAAUUAAAUGUUUUUAUACUUUACAAAAAGCAGAUAAUUUCAUCUUCAAUUAUUUCUCCUGUUGCUGAAAUGUACAAAUAAAGCAUUGUUAUCUCUGG